AAACUAGAUUUGCACUUGAAAUUACCUGAAUAUACCGGGGUUGUUUGUUUUGCAGGGCGCUUAUAUUAAAUGUUUGUUGAUGCAUAUGUAUAAAUAAAACAUGUCUUUAGAUCAAACAGUUUGUGAAGACUUGAAAGCGUUUGAAAGACGUCUUACCGAAGUUAUUGCUAGUUUACAGCCAGCUACUCGACGAUGGAGAAUGCUACUGGGUUUCAUUUCUGUUUGCACUGCUGUGGGUGCAUGGCAUUGGUUGACAGAUCCAAAUACUCCUGCUGUGUCAUUCACACAGAGCUUAUAUAAUCAUCCAUUCUUCGCUAUCGCUAGCAUUAUUUUAGUGAUAUUAUUUAUGAUGGGAGUUCAUAGACGUGUAAUAGCACCAAGUAUCAUUACUCAAAGAGCUAGAAGUGUUCUUGGUGAUUUUAAUAUGAGUUGCGAUGACACUGGGAAGCUCAUUCUUAAACCAACAAGACCACCUCACCCACAUGAAACAUAAAAAAUGAUGAUACAUGAAACUUAUGUUGUUUUCUGAAAUGAUUAUUUUUAAAUCACUGUAAAAGGUGAUUACAACGAAUGUAUGUAUAAAACCCACUUUCAAUAUUAGCAUACGAUUCAGGAUAUUCUUUUUCUUUGUACUUAGGAUAAGAACAAUAAUGUUAAAAUAUUAAUAUUACAUUGAAAGUGAAGGGACUGAAUGUACAGAAUAAUUUAUAUUUUGUAAAUUUAAUUUAAGAAAUAAGUGGAUUAGCAUUUUAUGUUCAUUUGGGAAACUUUUCAAUAAUAAAUAUUAUAGUAAAAGUAUCUGACAAAGUAAUAUAAUAAUUUUAUUUAUGACCAAGCAAUAAUGUAUUUGAACUAUUUCAAACCAUUAAUAAGUACAAUGUCAAUUUGAUAUACAUAUUAUAUUGCAUUUAAAAUUUUCAGUCUUUGUUAUGAAAAUAUUUGAA